AGUUUUGCUUUGGCAUUGCAUCGGGUUUGUUCGUUCGUUCGGGUGUGCGCGCUUCGAAAGGCAAGAGGAGAAAAAUUUGCAAAAUCAGCAGAAAAUCGAUUCCACUUCCGCACAGUGCUUUGAUUAAUCAACGUAUUUUCCUGCGAAAGCAAAACACUUGCCACCAUGUCGACGGAAAAGGAAAACAUUUUCCUCUUUGUGCCGAACCUGAUUGGUUACGCCCGGAUCGUGCUGGCCAUCGUGUCCUUUUACUACAUGCCCACGAACUACGUGAUUGCCAGCUGGUGCUACAUCAUCAGCGUGCUGCUGGACGCCCUCGAUGGCCACGCCGCCCGCCACUACAAUCAAUCCACCAAAUUCGGCGCCAUGCUCGACCAGCUGACGGACCGGUGCGGCACGAUGGGCCUGCUCGUCACCCUGAGCUACUUCUACCCGCGGUACAUGUUCUGGUUCCAGGCGUCGAUGGCCAUCGACGUGGCCUGUCACUGGUUCUACCUGCACACAACCGUCCUGCAGGGCAAAACGUCGCACAAGUUCAUCGACAUGUCCGGCAAUCCGAUCAUGCGCGUCUACUACACGAACCGGAUCGUGCUGGGGCUGAUGUGUCUCUUCAACGAGCUGUUUUACGCCGCGCUCUACCUGCUGUACUUUACCCCGGGACCGUUGAUCCUCGGAAUGUCCUCGUUCAAGCUGCUGGCGAUCGUGUCGGCCCCGGUGGCGAUCGCCAAGACGGCCAUCUCCGUGAUCCACGGGUACGUGGCCAGCCUCAACAUUGGCGUGAUUGACGUGGCCGAGCGGGAGGCCCAGCGGGAGCGGGAAGCGGCCAAAAAGCCCCAGUAAGGCGUGACGUUCCGGUCGUCGUGGUCUCUUGAAACUCUGCUUGAAGUACCUGACCUGGAAGAGGGCAGAACCCAGAGACCAUCGCCAAACAAGUAUUCGCGCGGUCAAUGUCGAGUUUAAUAUGGAUGUCGUGUAAACUAACCCAUUACUUCCCUUACGUGUGACUGUCAGUAAUCGAUGUUUUGUUUAGCAAAUACAAAAGGGGAAAAUCGGGAACAAAUCGGUUCCAGGGUUUAAGGUUAAUGCAGAGCAGGAUUGGAAUUCGUACCAAAAAUAAGGAAAAGAGUUAUGACAAUUUACUUUACACAAACACACACUAAAAACACAUGAGACUGCAAAGUCUAGCCAAAAUGAGAGAGAAAACGAGAAAUCGAAACGAAAAUACUUAGUUAAGGUUCUAAAGUCACUCUAACUUGCACCUGUAACACACGCUGGUAAACAACACAGAAGUUGGUAACAUUUACGUUUUUUAAACAAAUCAGUCAAGCCAUUGAGAAGCAGCACUUUCACGCUUUAUCAUUCCACGAGGACGAGGAAAUAAAAUGAAAAUUUGAUAUUAUUAAAAAAAAAAUGAAGGGGAAGAGUGAUGUUGUAGCAGCAGCCCAGUGUGAGGUUAUCCCUUUCUUGUGGUAGAGAAAAAAAUAUAGGUUCGUAAGAAUAUCCGAAUGUUUCACACACCUUUCACCGAGUAGUAGAUUAGUAGAAGAAAAAAAAACGUGGUCAUUGAUCGAUGUUGCACCCAGAAAGAAAUUUCAUUUCUAGAUUUUUAGACGAGGCUGUUUGGUGUGGGGAAAAACAAGCAAGCAGCGAAACAAAUAUUAUCAAAUAAAUAAAGAGAACUAUGUAGAGUUAGUUUACUGUAA